UUUAGUGAAAACCCCGCGUUUUGAUACUCGCCUAGUUAGUGAUAAUAGUGCUACAAUCUAACAAAUAUCCAGUGGCAAUAUGAUUGAUGUAGGCCACCUGUCUUGUGGUGACGUUAAAAGGCCGUAAAUUGUUUCAAAUAAUAAUUGCAUAAUUUAUUGCUAUAAGUCCUGACGUGGAACCCAACGAACAUAAACUAAAAAAAAAAAGACUUCAGUGUGAGAUCGCAUGUCUAAAUUUCCUUAACACUUGGACAUAUAUUAGUGGUCUAGUUAUGUUUUACUCCACCACCAUCAAUUGUUGUUAAUUUUUUAUUAUGUUCUUAACCAUUAUAAUCAAGGGGGCUGCAUAGAAAUAUAGGCCUCUAUAAAGUAUAAACCCAUAGAUAGUGUACGUGUCACAUUUCUAAGUUCAACUUUUUUGUGGAUCUCACUUUCGCAUAAAAAGAGUGAGUAUUCGAUUUGAUGCUUUAGAAGUUUGUUACCCAAUGCCUUAACAUUCAUUCUUUAACCCCUAUAAUACCCUUUUUAGAAACCAAUGAGACCCUUUUGCAUUUUAAACUUAUAUUCAUAUGACACAACACAUUUUCUUAUUUCUAAGAGUAUGACAGAAAAUAUUAUCUACUUAUUUGUUAUAUAAAUACAAGAUAAUCAAACAUAUAAAUUUCUGUAUAAGAAUAAAGUAGACAUAAUUCACAAUUUUAUGUUUUCAUUUUUGUCUUCUGUCGUUAUAUGUGUUCACGGACUAAUAUUGAUAUGAUCUCGUAGUCUCGUUUACCUACAUAGACUAUACGCCCUUAAAUAUGUUAUAGGUUUUUCAUCCUUGAAGUUGGUUUCUUUUGAUACGAGAUGCUUAAAAAACAUACACAAUAUCUAUCUAUAUAUAUCAAAUAAGAAUAAUAUUUUCAUAAAAAGAUAAUAUCAUUUUCUUUUGAUCUCCCUCACCAUCUCUCUUAACAUAAAAACAAAAAAAAAAAGAUAGAGGGAGAAAAGUGGUGGACCCAAGAAGGCUUAGUCAGUGCAUAUAUAAGAACAUAAGACAUCAAAGCAGAGCAACACAGAGCUUCCAUAACAAGACAAGGCCAAAGAGCAAAAGAGAUCGGUAGAUAUAAUAGAGAAAACAAAUCUACUUUCCUCAAAUCAAAAGCAGAAGAAGAAGAAGAAGAAGAAUGAGUUGGUGGGGAGUGAAGGGAGGAGGAUGGGGAAUGGUGGAAGAAGUUUGGAGAAAAGGUCCAUGGACCGCCGAGGAAGACCGUCUCUUGAUCGAAUACGUCCGUGUUCACGGUGAAGGUCGAUGGAACUCUGUCUCUAAACUCGCAGGACUGAAAAGGAAUGGCAAAAGCUGCAGACUAAGAUGGGUUAAUUACCUUAGACCAGAUCUCAAGAGAGGACAGAUCACUCCUCAUGAAGAAAAUAUAAUACUUGAGCUACACGCUAAGUGGGGAAAUAGGUCAAAAUACCUCAAAUCUUUUUCUUUUUUUUUAGGUUUGUCGAUGGCUUUUAUCUUAAGUAUUAGGGUUUUGUAUAGGUGGUCUUCAAUUGCACGUAGUUUACCAGGAAGAACAGACAAUGAGAUCAAGAACUAUUGGAGAACCCAUUUCAAGAAAAAGGCAAAGCCUACGACUAACAAUGCGGAGAAGAUAAAGAGUCGUCUCCUAAAAAGGCAACAAUUCAAGGAACAGAGAGAAAUAGAGUUGCAACAAGAACAACAGUUGUUUCAGUUCGACCAACUCGAUAUGAAAAAGAUCAUCUCUUUACUCGAAGAUAACAAUAGCAGUAGCAGCAGCGAUGGCGGUGGUGAUGUGUUCUAUUCUCCUUAUCAAAUAACACAUUCUUCAAAACCCUUUGGAUAUAACCCUAAUUCGUUGGAGGAGCAGUUACAAGGGAGGUUUACUCCGGUAAACAUACCUGACGCUAAUACUAUGAGCGAAGACAAUGCGAUAUGGGAUGGGUUUUGGAACAUGGAUGUUGUGGAUGGAAAUGGUGGGAACUUGGGUGUUGUUGCUGCUACUGCUGCUUAUGGCCCAAGGAAGCCCUAUUUCCAUAACUUGGUGAUUCCAUUUUGUUAAGUAUUUUUGGAGUUUGGUUUUCUGUCUUUUCAGCUUUUGGUUUGGUAACUAGUUUCUAAUGCUAUGAGCCUAUAAGUAGUAUGUGAUGAAGUGUGUGUGUGUAAUGUAAGAGGAAUACUUUAAGUUAAGGAUUU